GCUGAACUACACCACAUCAUAGUGGUUUUCAUAUAGUAUUAAAUCCCCCCCUGUACAGGUUCACAGACAGCCGUGCUCUUUUCUAUAGCGAAAGUUAUAUGAUGAUCCUGUCUGGAUUUUGGGUGCUCAUCUAUUUAUGUGUAUUCUCUUGUAAAGGAUUUUUAAAUGCAGUGGAGGCAACUUUCGAAUGCAAAAAAGGUGAGAUGAUAAGUAGACGGAGAGGAAGAUUUUGUGACCCAUGCCCUGAAAGGCACUACCAGGCAGGACCAAAUCGCUCUCAGCGAUGUGAACCCUGCACCGACUGCCUUGAGAACAGUGAAUUGAUAUCAGAGUGCACGAAGACUUCCAAUGCUAUAUGUCAGUGUCGUACAGGAUUCAUUAGAAGGAACGAUGAGUCUUCGUUAUGCAAGUGUGCCAAGGGGUCUGAGCUGGAUAUAUCAGGAUUAAUAUGCCGUGAAUGUAAGGAGGGAUCCUUUUCCACCAAAAUGGACUCUAAAUGUGUGAAAUGGCGAGAGUGUAGGAGUGGAGUGAGGAUUCUGGGCAGUGUGACAUCAGAUGUGACCUGUAAUGAGAAUUCAGAGCCAGAGGGAAAGACCCUCUCCUCCACACACACCACUUCCCCAUCUGGCUCCAUCCAGACCUCCAUCCAGAUCCAGACCUCUAAGUUAUUGAUCCAGAGCCAAAGGUCAUCCCCUCAUCCUGAUGUCCCCACCUUAACACCAGCCCCCACUAUCAAGGUGACCAAAAGUCCCAAGUUCUCAACGGCAGAAUUUGGCCAAGUAAUGACACUCAUGGGAAUUGUCCUGCUGCUUACUUUUCUACUGACCACUGUGACCUGCAAACUGAUCACCAUUCCUUGCAUCAAGAACCACAAGAAACCAGCUGUCAGAAAAUCUCAGGACUCAAUGUGCCGGAGGCCAGUUGAAGAAAGUGGAGACAGCAGUUUCUCUUCCCUGGUAAAACAACCAAGUUUGGGGGAGCCAUGAUAGAGAUACCUGGCUCUCUGUCUGUCAAAUAAUUCAUAUUGUCAAAAUGUUGCUGUUAUUCUCAAUGCUACUCCUUUAAACCAGAAACAACUUAAACAGUUUUUGAAAAUGUUAAAAUAUUGUCAAUAUUUGUUUAUCAUGUAUUCUGUUAUUAUGGAAAAGCAUUUUAGACAUUACUUUGUUUUCAAUCUAUUUGUCAACAAUAGCAUUAUUCUUGGCUGAGCUGGGGGAUCUAGAUAUUAUUUUAUUUUCACAAAUGGGCGUCUGACAAAAUAAUGAUAAAUACUACUUCCUGUUCCUUCAGGUGUCUGGUUAGAUUUACAGGGGAGAUUAUGUGAAAACAAUGCUAUGGUGGCAAAAUAAUGUGGCAACAUUUUGUAAAAUGUGUAUUGUGUUAAAUGUUGUGGUUGUUUAUGUCUUUGCAAAUAAACUUUUUCACAUUUAGCAUGA